AUGACUCCCUGGAUAAGCUACAUUCCAUCUGUUCCACAAACACCUGAGAAUUCACCAAAGCAGUUAGCAAUUCCCAAUGGCAUUUUUACAUAUGAACAAACUGUGUUCAUAAUUACAGGCUACAAGGAAAGGAAAGAAAAGUUUUUAUCGCCCACGCACAAAAAAAAGGCAUUGUGGUCAGAAAUUACAGAUGAACUAAACAACAGUUUUAAAACUGAUUUUUCAGUUGCGCAAGUUGAAGGGAGGUGGAAGACACAACUCACUGCAUUCAAACGCUAUCAGUCAGAUCAAGCAAAGUCGGGCAAUGAGCGAAAAAAUUUUCUCUACGAAGAGGAAUUCAAUGACAUUGUAAGUGACAGGCAUGACAUCCAUCCUAAGUGUGUUGUGGGAUCCUUAACCUCUCCAUCAAGCUCAAAUAGUGGAAGUGUAACUGGAUAUCAGGAAGAGUCCAGCACAAGCUCAGGCUCUGGUGAGCCAGGUAUCACUGAUCCCCAGCCCAAAAAGAAAAGAAAAAUGUCUUCUUCCAGAUCUAAUUCUUCUCAAGUAAUCCAUUUUUGGAAGAUUAUGUGGAAAAUCAAAAUAAGAAAAAUGAAGAAAAUAUGAAAAAAAAAUGAAAAAAUGCAUAAAGAAAAAAUGGAAAUUUUUAGUGGUUUUCUUUAAGUUUUAAAGAACAUGAAAGAUUAAAUUCUUCAAAUCUCUUAGAUAUGCAUAUGCAUGUAGGCCCAUGAAUUCUGAUGUAAUGUUUUCACUUGCUUAUGUUUUGUAUGGCCCUUUUCCCUCAUACUUUUUUCAAAUGGUAUUUCAUGUUGAUUUUCUAAACUUGCUGUAUUUUUAAGUGAUUUACUUGUAAUUGUCUUUCCAUUCAAAAACUUAAAAUUUUUCUAUAAUAGAACAGCUGUUUUGAAUUCACUAACAAUUUUAUGUGUUUAUUUUUUUUUUUUACAGGAUAUGCAUAUUUAUGCCACUUGCCUCCAGAAAUAACAUGCAAAAUAUUGACAUACAUUCCAAUUCCAGAAUUGUACCAUUAUGUAUCUAAAGUUUGCAGAUCCACGAAUUGUCUUUUUAAGAGUGGUCUUGUAUGGAACUCAAUAACUUACCUGAAUUUUUUCGAUAAGGGAAUGAAAGAGAUAUUUACUGUAGAAUUUUUGAAACUUUUUAAAAAUUGUGUUAAUCUUACCAUUGAUGCAACACUUCUGCAGGAUUGUAAUGUUUUGGGUAGUUUAAAAAAAUUGAGAUAUUUGGAUGUCAGGGGUUCCAAAAAUGAAAGCAUUUGCUAUGAAAACAUUGUUAAAAAUUUAUCAAAGUGCAAAUGUAUGGAGAAACUCUUCAUAAGUAGUUUACCAAACUUGAGUGAGGAAGGUCUGUUGUCAUUAUCCAAGGAGAUAGGGGAUACACUUAAGUAUCUACAAAUUCGGAAUUCUGAAGAGAUGAGGCCAGAAACAUUUCUAGUUUUGAUAGAAAAUCUUAAGUGUAUCAGGGCUAUUAGUGUGACUCCGUCUGGAGAUUA